CUUACUUUUCUUCUCUAGACCUUUUGAAUACUUUGUUGCCUCCAUCAUGUAUUUUUUCUUCAGUUAUUGCAAUUGCAUGAUCAUGAAUUUGUUCUUUAAUUGCUUGCUUUCAAGCAUUAAUAUUACUUGAACUUAGCUAGAUUAUCUUGUCAUCACUCGUCAUUCUAUAUAAAAAUUAGAUUUAGUUAAAUAACCUUGUCAUAACUCAUCAUUCUAUAUAAAACUUAAUGGUAGAUAAUCAUUUUCUCCUGCCUAUACAAUUGGGCCUAAUUCCUCAUUUGUUGCUGUCUUGAUUAGAACUCGCUUUCACUAAGCGAUAUUGUAGGAUUUGACAAUUUAACACGUGCUAAACUUUGGACUCAUUAUGUUGAAAAUGUGGACAGUAUAUUAUGCUGCAGUUUAUUGAUCAACCUAUAUCAUUAGGACUAGUAAUGAGCUAAUUUCCUUGUGGAUGUGCUAAAUAUAGAUGCAAUUAUGAUUUAUUUGUUAACCAUUCUAUUUAAAGAAUGCUAUAUAAUUAAGGAUAAUUCUCAGCUAAAAAUUUCUGCUCUUUAUCUGAAGGUUACUCUUCUUUAGCUAUUGCAAUGGUUUUACCUGAGACUCGGCCAAUUAGUUGCAUGUGAAAUAGAUGAAAGAUGCCUUGAAAUUGCAAAUAAAUAUUAUACACGAGAUGGAGUGGCUCACAAGGUUUAUUCCAUCUGUGUUUAAUUUAUCUACAUUGCUAGCUAAGAUCUAGUGCCUCAGUAUGUUGUUUAUCUGCUACUACAUGCUCAGAUGAAUAUGAUCCAAAUAACACUCUUAUGUUGGCUUCUCUAUAUGAAUUAUAAUUGCUGUUACAAUUUUAUGAUAAUACUCAUCCACGAAGUUCAUUCUUUUGGUCAUUGUCAUCCCUUUUACUGGUAUCUUCUCAUCUUAUAGUUUUUGAAACAUUACCACAGUGAAAAAAAUGAAGCCAUACCUCUUUUUCAGCCGUCACUUACCUUUUGCAGCUGCAUACCCUUCUUACCCCAAUAAUCUAGAAUUAGGGUUUAAUGUCACCUAGGCCGUAGUUGCACCAACUGGGUUUUAUUGUCAUGCAAUUGGUGCCUUUGUACUCCCAGUGCCUGUUACACAUAUUCAGAAAAAAUAAUGUAUGCAUGUGUUUUGCUUAAUAACACAAAAAAAUUGCUUUUAGUUUGAAAUUGGAAAAAUGAGAUAAUUAUUAACCCAAUUGUUAGUAUAUUUGCCUUAAUCAAUAAUAUAAUAAGGAUAAGGAUGUAGUGAUUACUUUUGAAGUUCGAAAAUUGGGAGAAGUGGAAAAGGACCUUCAGAUGAAAUUUAUUCAGUGACACAUUAAAAGUAUUUAGAACCCACAUUAUGCUAGGAGAUAUGGCUUUUGCUAAUGCUAGUAAAUUGAAAUGUGAUAUGAUAUAAAACCAUAUUUACUCAAGGCAUACAAGCUUGCUAAUGCUAGUAAAUUGACAUGUGAUAUGGAUAAAAAAAAUUCCUAUUUAUUCAUGGCAUAUAAGUUAUCCUGAUCGAUAACUAUAUCUUAUUUAAUUACACUUGAAAAAAAAAAAGACCAAAGACAAAGAAGCGAUUAUAUAUAAAUGACAAUCUGAAACUUCUCUUUGAAGUUGUUCAACAAAGUCUAUACUUGGUUAUCUUUUCUAGUUAGUUAGCUAAUUAACAUCAUUAUUCUUAAGAUGACAUUGCCUUUUCUUUUGACAAUCACUUUGGGAAUUUUAGUGUAAUCUGCUUUACUUAUGUUGUCUCUAAAACUUCUGUAAUAUGCUCUUCUUAUUCCUUGUGGUAAAAGAUGAAUACGUUUGCCCCAGUGUCCCCCGUCAAUUCGUCCCAGGGUCAACAUGGAAAAGGUAAAUUACGGACGGCUACUAGUCUUUGUAAUAAUAACUAGCACAUAAGAAAGGUAUUUACCUCGGCUUUGUCGAGAUUCGAACCCCAGAUUUCAUUAUGACAACAUCUCAUACGCUAGCCACUAGACCCAUCCGAGGGGGCAUGCUCUUCCUAUUCCUUAUCAAACAUUUGUUGAAUUUGGUUUGUCUUACAACUAAGGGCAAUGGUAGAAAGAUGGGAGAAAUUAUGAUUUCCUGCUACCAUUUUUUUUGAGUGCCAAAUGUAAUUUUGGGUAUGUAGUUUUCUUUUUUUUUAUGGUGGUUUAACUUUUUGAAGCUUCAAGGCAUUUGUUUAUUGGUCCUUUUUGUUCAAAGUCUCUAUAUUCCUGCUUUAUUUUAUUUAUUUAUUUUAGGGAUUAAAACACAUCAAUAUAUUUCUACCCAGUAUUAAUCGUGAUUUACUCCCUCUAAAAUUUUAUAGAGCCGGGGUCAGGAGCCGCUAGGUGGCGUUUCCACCUUUUUGUCAAUAUAUUCCUGCUUUAUUUUAUUUUAUUUUUUUGCCGGAUAAAGUUUUUCUAAUAACCUGGCAUUCAUAAGUUUUAUAUAAUUUUCUUAUAAUUUUUCCUAUUGCAUCAUGGGAGGAAGUGACGAAGUGGAUGGUGGCGGUCGUAACGAUGCCGAAGAAGGGGCGGCGGCGGCCGCCAGAGUGGAGGAAGGCGGACGGGAGAUGUGCUGGGACGGGUGCGGACGGCCAGUGAGCGUGUGCGUGUGCGCCCAUCUCCCUGCUCAGCCGAUCCCUACCUCCACUACUAUCAUCGUCCUCCACCAUCCCCACGCCCUCCGCCGCAACCCUCUCUCCACCCUCCCCCUUCUCUCCCGCUCCCUCCUGCGAUGCCACACCCUCCCUGGCCGCCGACUCCGCCUCGGCUCCCAUUCCCCCCUCGACUCCCUCUACCGGAACGCGACCGAUCGCCCCUCCGCUGUCUUCCUUUUCCCCGGAGGCAGGGAUCUCUCCCUCUUUGCCACCGAGUCGGGGCCCCUGCCCUCCGUCCUCGUCGUGUUCGACGGCACGUGGAGGCAAGCAAAGGAGAUGGCGGCGGCGAGCGCGCCGUUCCUCGAGCGGUUUGCUGUUAGGGUUUCACUGGGCGGAUACGAUCCGGGGGUGGAGGGGCCGAGCACGUUCGAGUCCGAGCUGGUGCUGAGGAAGGAGCCAUUCCAGGGUUGUGUGAGCACAAUGGAGGCGGUGGCGAGGGCGUUGCGAGUGAUGGAGCCGAGUGGAAAGGGGGCGGAGGUGGAGGGCGCGCUGCUGUUGCUGCUGAGAGCCAUGGUGGGCUUCCAGGCGCGCCACCUGCAUCCGACGAAGCCCCGCACCAAACUGAAGAAGAAGAAGGAAAUCAUGGCAGAAAUGGUGGCAACUGGGAAGACAAAUGAGAAGAAGGGAGCUGCCGAGGAACAAAAUCUAACGGAAUAAACCUUAUAAAUGAAAACCAAGAAGUUUUAUCAGCCUGUCAGAGCAACAUCUCAGCCAAUUGCAAAUAUAUAUCAUCAAGAAGAUCCAACAUCAUAUCUUCAUAUGAUUGUUGGUAGUGUGUCCUUUUAAACUGAAAAACAGUGUAUCGCAAUGAUAAAAAGAAAAAGUUUAUCUUAUCAGCCAUCUUGGAUUUAUAGUUUUCUUUGGUGGUGGUUUGAUUUAUUCGAACAAAGCUUCAUGAAGGUGAAACACCUGUUGAUACUUUUUGUUCAAAAUCUUUAUAUUCCUGCUUUUUUUUUUUUUUGCUUGAUAGAGUUUUGUAUAAUUUUCUUGUAAUUUUCCCUGUUAAUUAUUAUGCUUUCGCUCGAAACGCUCCACUUGAAAUCAAAUGGAAAAAGGGUUGAUGUGUGCAUGAGCCAUUAUGGGAGGAUGAAAUGAAUUAUGGUCGAGCUUUAUAGCCGUUGAUGUGGAUAAUAACAGGGGAAAAUGUUUAUGUGCAUUUUAGCAGUGCAGAAUUUUAGAGACAAGUAUUCUUGUGCCCUUAUCUGUUUGAUAAGGAAUUAAACAGGUCAAACGUCAUAUUCAGUUGGAGAGACUCCACUGCAGCGGCAAAAAAACAAGGUGAAGGUCCGUCCAGCCUGCCCGAGGGAUUUAUGUUUCGCCUGAGAUUCUACCUCUCAAUCUCAAGUGGGAGAGAUUCCACUCCUGUAACUAAUCCAUUGCAUUGGCCUCGAUUUCCAAAGGAAGAAGUCAACUGUAUCGAUCUUUCAAUUCGGAUGAUUAGUGAAUUAGUGUCAAUCCAUUGAUUAAUUCUGUCAAGAUUAUUUUUUUUUGUUGAGAGAGUACCAUUGUAAUUGAUUAAACACGAGAUUAUUUUUCUUAUCUCUUAAACCAAUCGAAUCUUAAUUAA